AUGCUGAGGAGACGGCGGGUCUUCGCCGUGGAGCCGCUCUGGAGCCGAGAAGGGAUGGAAAAGGGGCUUCCAUUGGCUGCCACAGCCCAGGCCCCACACUGGGGUCAGCACAAUGCCAUGCCCGACGCCUACCAUGGCAUGCGCUUGACCACAGCCAGCUCCUAUGUUUCACACCCUCAGCUCACCCCACUGCUGGCGCAACGCUCUGGGCAGCAGGGUUGCGAGCUCCUGGGGCAGCGCAGCUGCAGAGCCCGGCCUGACCCGGACUCUGUGCUGCGCAGUGGCAUGGCUGGCUCCAACCGGGCGGCGCAGUGCUCCAGGCAGCACGGGGCAGGGCUGCGCUCUGCAGGCUCCUGCCGGCCCGGCAGCGGGCCCCGUGGGCUGGCGCUGCUGCGCCGGGAGCUCAGCUGCGCGCUGCCCCAGGGCCCAGGGAGGAAAGAUGGUGCACGGAAGCCCUGGGAGAGCUGUGUGGUGCUAACCUCAGCCAGCAUCUACCGCAAGCUGCAGGAAGCCUCUGGAGAGAGCACGGAUCCCGUUCCCGAGCCACAGCGGGGCAGCAGAAUGAGCAGCGAGCUGGGCCUGUGGGGCCCGGCUGGGUCGCCGACGGAGCCUGGCCUCCCCCAACAGCUGGGCCUCUUCCCGAAGAGCGGGCGGCUCCUCAAGUCGGAGUCGGAGGACUCUGGGGUGGAGAUGGCUGGCAAUGAGAACUCACCCUCCACUCCACUGGGCUCGGAGAGCAGCUUCUCUCUGGACUGUCUUGAUGGCUUCCAGCCCUCCACCGCAGACUCUGCUGUCAGCGACCCAGAGGAGGGCUGCCCCGAAGCAGAGGGGCCAGAGGAGCCGGACCCUCUCCGGGAGCGGGCCUACCUCCGGAACCUGUCGAUCAGCAAGAAGUUGGCCCAGGUGAUGCAGCGCUCCCGGAAGCUCCACGCGCCCAGCCGUUCUCCCAAGCCACUCGGCCGGAAGAGCCUGAGCCUGAUGGAACUGGAGCUGUUGGCCUCCUUCGGCUCGCAGGGGCUGAGUGGAAAAGUGGGGGCUGCAGAGGGGCACAGCCAAGCCCUCUCCGGCUGCUGGAGCCUAGAGGAACAGAGCACUGAGUCCUGUGGGGAGGAGGCGGAGGUGCAGAGAGACCCCUCUUUAACCCUCCCAGGCCAGGGCCUGCGCUACCUGGAGCACGUCUGCCUGAUGCUGGAGAAGAUUGCCCAACUGCAGCGGGCCAACCUGCAGCUCCAGCAGCAGCAGAAGGUGAUGGAGAGCCGGCUGUGGGGCCAGCAGGCUGAGAACGCGGUGCCCUCUGAGGAGAGGCCAUGCAGAGCCCCAGAAGAGCGGGGACUGUCCCAGCCGGAGCCUGAGAACAGGGCGGAGGUGGAAAUGAAGGAGGAGGAUUUGCCUUUGGACUCUUGGAGGCCCCACCACUUCAGGGUGCGCUCGGCCUCAGACACCGGGGUGCUCCAGGACCUGACCAGGAGCUCAGAGAAUGAGCCAGUCUGCUCCAGGAAGCCGGCAAUGCACUGCGUCAGCUCACCCACCCUGCUGGAUCAGCCGGAUUGGGGAGCCCAUACCCUACCGCCAAACAUGAGACCCAGGAACGACCGCUCACACUGGGGGAAAGUCAAAGUGCUGAUCAACAGGAUCACCAGGAAAUCCAUCCGGGCCAGCGAGCCAUCCCCGUUUGGGGAGUCUGCCGUCGACAGCAGACAGUGUAGUCUGGAGGCUUCACUGGAGAAACAAGGCUCCCACCCCAGGAGGAGCUUCCUGCCAGCGCUGGGGGUGAAGAAACACCGCUCGAAAACCCUCUCUGUGCGCUGA